AUGGAAGUAAAAAAUAUUGAUAUUGAUUCGUUGCAGAAAAUAGAUGUUUCAGAAGUUGCUAAACAUGCUAGUCGGAAUGAUCUGUAUAUGGUUAUUCAUAAGAUGGUAUAUGAUAUUAGUCGAUUUAUAAGUGAGCAUCCAGGUGGAGAAGAAGUAUUACUUGAUCUUGCAGGUCAAGAUGCCACUGAUGCUUUUGAAGAUGUUGGACAUUCAGAUGAGGCCAGGGAUAUUUUAAAAAAUUUUCUUGUAGGAAAACUAGAAGGAGUGAUUGAACAACCUGGAUUUACAGUAAAUUCGCAUACAUUCGAGAGUAAAAACAGUUUUAGCUCGAAGAUAUAUCUUGGAGCAGUUAUUGUUGCACUUUUAGCACUUGCAAUAUAUGUGUCUGUCUCUAAAGCAUUUAUAUGA